UCGUUUGCGGAAUCGUCAAAAGUGAUUUUCUUCCAACUGAAACAUUCCGUGCUGUGCAUUUUAUAUGAUCGGUUCGAUUCUUGCAUUUUUUUCAUUGUUUUCUUCAGCCAUGGCCGCCAACAAGGAGCGUACUUUCAUCAUGGUUAAGCCGGACGGUGUCCAGCGUGGACUCGUCGGCAAGAUCAUCGAGCGCUUCGAACAGAAGGGCUUCAAGCUGGUGGCCAUGAAGUUCAUGUGGCCAUCUAAGGAACUGCUUGAGAAGCACUACGCCGAUCUGUCCAGCCGUCCCUUCUUCCCAGGAUUGGUUAGCUACAUGAGCUCCGGUCCAGUAGUUCCAAUGGUCUGGGAAGGUCUUAACGUUGUCAAAACUGGUCGCCAGAUGUUGGGCGCUACGAAUCCUGCCGACUCUUUGCCAGGCACUAUUCGUGGAGACUUCUGCAUCCAGGUCGGUCGUAACAUCCUCCACGGUUCGGAUGCCGUUGAGUCUGCCAACAAGGAAAUUGGUCUCUGGUUUACCGAGAAGGAGCUGGUAUCCUGGACCCCGGCCGCCGAAGGAUGGGUUUAUGAAUAGAAUGUAUGUAGCUCAUCUUGCUCAGGGCGUGUUACUGCCUUCUAUUUAUCAACUUCUGAAUUACUCGUCUUACAUCUAAUGUAAUUGUAAUUUUAAGUACAAUCAAAGUAAAGUAAGGUCGUACCGUUAGUGGCAUGUUACAGUGGAAAGCCCGGAAUGAAAAUAAAUGAUAAAAUGCAAGACCGACAUAAUCAAAAUUGUUUCAACUGAAUAAAGACUAUCACAACACCCUUAA